GUUAGGACAAGGAAAAUUAAAACCUUAUCAGUAUUUUACACUGAUGUCUCAUUUUGUAGUGACUGCUUUUUCGCUGCUUUCUCACUAGGCCAUCUAGUGACACCACUAAAUAGAUGCGCUCCUGCAUUUCUCGCACAUGCGCUAAAAACCCGGCCACUGGUUUCACUGGUACUCGACUUCUCGUUCCUUUAAUCGAUAGUAGGAAAAAUGGCGCUUGCCAUGGAAGGUUUAACUGAUGUACAAAAGCAAAUUUUUACGAAAAUUAGCAACAAUGAAGUGGCAGAGCUUAAAACAUUAUUGGCGGCAAAUAAAAUUAAAAUGGAUUUCGUAGAUGAAAAUGGUAUGAGUCCGCUUCAACAUGCCUGUUACAAAGGAAAUAAAGAAAUUGUACAGAUGCUUCUCGAUCAGGGUGCUGAUGUAAAUGCAUGUCAACAUGAAAAUGCAUAUACAGCUCUCCAUUUGGCUGCUCUUAGUGGAAACGCAGAACUAUGCCAUCUUUUAAUGUCACAUGGAGCUCGAUUGACUGCAAAAAACAAUGUAGGACGAACUCCAGCACAAAUGGCUGCUUUUGUUGGGAAUCAUAAUUGUGUAGCAGCUAUCAACAAUUUUAUUCCAAAGGCUGACAUAGAUUAUUAUUUGAAACCACAAGGUCUACAAACUGAAUCAAUGCUUCCACCACAUCUGGCGGAUUCUUUCCAUAAAUUUAUAAUGCAAGUCAAUGUACAUCCUGUACGUGUAGCGUUGAACUUACAGAGAUGUCCUGGUCUCUUGGAAAAUGCUGUUAAGGUACAAAAAGUUCUAGAAUCAAUGCGUCACAAAGAAAUGACAAGAGGUGCAGAAACAAAUGAAGUGAUGGCAUUUAAGUAUCACUACCUCAGUUGUGUUGUAGCUGAAAUAAUUAAAUUUCAAAAGAGGCAAGAAGCAAUGAAGGCAGAGAAAACCGAAAAAACAAAUGAAGAAGGAGAAGAAAGAAAAUCAGAUACUAUAGAAGGGUUAAUAAGAAGAUUUUUAAAGUGUAGCAAAAACGAUGGUACGCCAGAAUAUCAAGAAGCUUUUCUUAGAGAAACUGUAAGAGAAUUUCCAUAUAGGGAAAGCGCAAUUUUUCGUCAAAUGGUAGCAACUCUUGCAGCUACUGAUCCACCGUCAGCGGUGUCAGUAGUAUCAGCCGCAAUUAAUGGUCAGAGAGCAUUUUCGGAUAAUGCACAAAUCUGCAUCACCUGUGGAGAGGAUAAAGCUAAUAAAAAAUGCAGUAAAUGUAAAAUAGUGCAAUAUUGUGAUAGGGAAUGUCAAAGACUUCAUUGGUUUAUGCAUAAAAAGGCAUGUACUCGAUUAGGUCAAAGUAUAACGCCAAACGCGGAAAUAAGCGAUGUGGAUAAAGAACAAAUAAGUAAUGCUGUAAGCUCUAGGUUACAAAAUCUAAAUGUUAAUUAAUUAAGAGUAACAGAAAAUAUCAAAUUUAUUUCGAAACAAUCAAUUUUAAUGUGCUGUUUACAGAGAGCAACGGACUUUUUAUGUAUUACAUUUUAUAUUUCGAUCACUUUUUUGUUUGACAAUUUCAUCGAAUGACUCAUCGUGUAUUAUAAAUAAUGUCGUUGUACCCAAAUAUUCUAUUAAAAAUGUUAUUUCCUCAGAA